AACUGGAUUACAAUGCAGUUGCAGCGCAGCCGACGUCGCAGUCGAGCAGUAAGCACCUGGAUUCUUAGCAAAAUGUUAGCUCUGCCACGGUCGGCGUCGCUGCUGCCAUCGCUGCUGCUGCUGACGCUGGCGUUUGCGAAUUUGCCAAACACCGUCCAUGGAGGAACUGAUACUGCCCUGGUGUCCGUUUCCUGUACGAGUGUUGGCUGCCAAAAUGGCGGCACCUGCAUCACCAAAAACAAUGGCAAAACAUUCUGCGCUUGCGAUCCACAUUAUGUCGGCGACUACUGUCAGCACAGGAAUCCAUGCACUUCGGUUCGCUGCCAGAAUGGCGGCACUUGUCAGGUGAUCUUUCGCAACGGUCGUCCCGGCAUCUCCUGCCAGUGUCCUUUGGGCUUCGAGCAGUCCUUGUGCGAGAUAGCAGUGCCGAAUGCCUGCGAUCGUGUAAGAUGCCAAAACGGUGGCACUUGCCAACUGAAGACCCUGGAGGACUACACCUGUUCGUGUGCUAAUGGUUAUACAGGUGAUCACUGUGAGACAAAGAAUCUGUGCGCUAGUUCGCCUUGUAGGAAUGGUGCCACCUGUACCGCCCUGGCCGGAAGCAGUAGCUUCACCUGCACCUGUCCGCCAGGAUUCACGGGUCACACCUGUUCCGAGGACGUUGAGGAGUGCCAAUCGAAUCCCUGCAAGUAUGGCGGCACCUGUGUCAACACCCAUGGCUCUUACCAAUGCAUGUGCCCUACGGGUUAUACGGGAAAGGAUUGCGAUACAAAGUACAAGCCGUGUUCGCCAUCGCCCUGUCAGAAUGGUGGAACUUGCAGAUCAAAUGGAUUAUCCUACGAGUGUAAAUGUCCAAAAGGAUUUGAUGGCAAGAACUGCGAACAGAACGUGGACGACUGUCUGGGACAUCGCUGCCAGAAUGGCGGCACCUGCGUGGACGGCAUUUCCGACUACCGCUGCCAGUGCUCGCCGAACUUCACAGGACCCUACUGCCAGCACGACGUGGACGAGUGUGCCCAGCGUCCUCCGGUCUGCCAGAAUGGAGCCACCUGCACCAACACCCAUGGAUCGUACAGCUGUAUCUGCGUGAAUGGCUGGACAGGACCCGAUUGCAGUGAGAAUAUCGAUGAUUGUGUCCAGGCGGCCUGCUUCUAUGGAGCCACCUGUAUCGACGGCGUGGGGAGCUUCUACUGCCAGUGCACGAAAGGCAAGACAGGACUUCUCUGCCACCUGGACGAUGCCUGCACCUCGAAUCCCUGUCACGCGGAUGCCAUUUGUGACACGAGUCCCAUCAACGGAUCGUAUGCCUGUUCGUGUGCGCCAGGAUACAAGGGUGUGGACUGUUCCGAGGACAUUGACGAGUGCGACCAAGGAUCCCCCUGCGAACACAAUGGCAAGUGUGUGAAUACCCCGGGUAGCUAUCGGUGUAACUGCUCCCAGGGAUUCACUGGACCCCGAUGCGAAACGAACAUCAACGAAUGCGAAUCCCAUCCGUGCCAGAACGAGGGCUCCUGCCUGGAUGAUCCGGGGACGUUCCGGUGCGUUUGUAUGCCAGGAUUCACGGGCACCCAGUGCGAGAUCGACAUCAACGAAUGCCAGUCGAAUCCGUGCCUGAACGAUGGCAUCUGCCAUGACAAGAUCAAUGGCUUCAAGUGCAGCUGCGCCCUGGGAUUCACGGGCGCCAGGUGCCAGACCAAUAUCGAUGACUGCCUCUCCCAGCCGUGUCGGAAUCGGGGCAUCUGUCAUGAUUCCAUUGCUGGCUAUAGUUGCGAGUGUCCGCCAGGAUAUACGGGAUCGUCCUGUGAGAUCAAUAUCAAUGACUGUGACUCGAAUCCGUGUCAUCGGGGCAAGUGCAUCGAUGGCGAUAAUAGCUACAAGUGCCUCUGCGAUCCGGGAUACACCGGCUACAUCUGCCAGACGCAGAUCAACGAGUGUGAGUCGAAUCCCUGCCAGUUCGAUGGCCAUUGCCAGGAUCGGGUGGGCAGCUACUUCUGUCAGUGCCAGCCGGGAACGAGUGGCAAGAACUGUGAGAUCAAUGUGAAUGAAUGCCACAGUAAUCCGUGCAACAAUGGUGCCACCUGCAUCGAUGGCAUCAACUCGUAUAGCUGCCAGUGUGUGCCGGGAUUCACGGGACAGCACUGCGAGAAGAAUGUGGACGAGUGCAUCAGCAGUCCGUGUGCCAACAACGGGGUCUGCAUCGACCAGGUGAAUGGCUACAAGUGCGAGUGUCCUCGCGGGUUCUAUGACGCCCACUGCCUCAGUGAUGUGGACGAGUGCGCCUCGAAUCCGUGUGUGAAUGAGGGAAGGUGUGAGGAUGGCAUCAAUGACUUCAUCUGCCACUGCCCGCCGGGGUAUACGGGGAAGCGGUGUGAACAGGACAUCGACGAGUGCAGCAGUAAUCCCUGCCAGCACGGAGGCACCUGCUACGACAAACUGAACGCCUUUAGUUGCCAGUGCAUGCCGGGAUUCACGGGCCACAAGUGCGAGACGAACAUCGACGACUGUGUCACGAAUCCUUGUGGCAACGGAGGCACCUGCAUCGACAAGGUCAAUGGCUACAAGUGCGUCUGCAAGGUGCCGUUCACGGGUCUGGACUGUGAGUCCAAGCUGGAUCCCUGUGCCAGCAAUCGCUGCAAGAACGAUGCCAAGUGCACACCCACUCCCAACUUCCUGGACUUCUCCUGCACCUGCAAGCUGGGCUACACCGGACGGUACUGUGACGAGGACAUUGAUGAGUGCUCCCUGAGCUCACCCUGUCGGAACGGAGCCAGUUGCCUUAAUGUCCCUGGAUCCUACAGGUGUAUCUGCACGAAGGGAUACGAGGGCAGGGACUGUGCCAUCAACACGGACGACUGCGCCUCCUUCCCGUGCCAGAACGGUGGGACGUGCCUGGACGGGAUCGGGGACUAUAGCUGCCUGUGCGUGGACGGAUUCGAUGGGAAGCACUGCGAGACGGACAUCAACGAGUGCCUGAGCCAGCCGUGCCAGAAUGGAGCCACCUGCAGCCAGUACGUGAACAGCUACACCUGCACCUGUCCCCUGGGAUUCAGCGGGAUCAACUGCCAGACCAAUGACGAGGACUGCACGGAGAGCUCCUGCCUGAAUGGUGGAUCCUGCAUCGAUGGCAUCAAUAGCUACAAUUGUAGUUGCCUGUCCGGGUUCACGGGCGCCAACUGCCAGUACAAGCUGAACAAGUGCGACUCGAAUCCCUGCCUGAACGGAGCCACCUGCCACGAGCAGCGGGAUGAGUAUACUUGCCACUGCCCCAGUGGCUUCACCGGGAAACAGUGCUCCGACUACGUGGACUGGUGCAGCCAAUCCCCCUGCGAAAAUGGUGCCACCUGUAGCCAGAUCAAGCACCAGUUCAGUUGCAAGUGCUCGGCGGGAUGGACCGGGAAGCUGUGCGAUGUCCAGACCAUAUCCUGCCAGGAUGCGGCCGAUAGGAAGGGUCUGUCUUUGAGGCAACUGUGCAACAAUGGCACCUGCAAGGAUCACGGCAAUAGCCAUGUCUGCUACUGCUCCCAGGGAUAUGCCGGCAGCUACUGCCAGAAGGAGAUCGACGAGUGCCAGUCGCAGCCGUGCCAGAACGGCGGCACCUGCCACGAUCUCAUCGGAGCGUACGAGUGCAGUUGCCGGCAGGGAUUCCAGGGCCAGAACUGUGAGCUGAACAUCGAUGAUUGUGCUCCGAAUCCCUGCCAGAAUGGCGGCACCUGCCACGAUCUGGUGAACAACUUCAGUUGCAGCUGUCCGCCCGGCACUCUGGGCAUCAUUUGUGAGAUCAAUCAGGAGGACUGCGAACCGGGUGCCUGCCACAACAAUGGCUCCUGCAUCGAUCGGGUGGGUGGCUUCGAGUGCGUCUGCCCGCCGGGAUUCGUGGGCGCCAGGUGCGAGGGUGACAUCAAUGAGUGCCUCAGCAAUCCCUGCUCCAAUGCCGGCACCCUGGACUGUGUCCAGCUGGUGAACAACUACCACUGCAACUGCCGGCCGGGCCAUAUGGGUCGCCACUGUGAGCACAAGGUGGACUUCUGUGCCCAGAGCCCCUGCCAGAAUGGUGGAAACUGCAAUGUCCGCCAGAGUGGCCACCACUGCAUCUGCAACAAUGGGUUCUACGGCAAGAACUGUGAGCUGAGCGGCCAGGACUGUGACUCCAAUCCCUGUCUUGUCGGGAACUGUGUCGUGGAGGACGAUGGCUUCGGCUACCGGUGCGAGUGUCCGAGGGGCACUGCCGGGGAGCACUGUGAGAUCGAUACGAUGGACGACUGCCAGCCGAAUCCCUGCCAGAAGGGAGCUGCCUGCGAGAACCGACUCGGUGACUUCGAGUGCCUCUGCCCGGCCAAAUGGCAUGGAAAGCGAUGCGAUAUCUACGAUGCCAACUACCCGGGAUGGGGUGAUGCUGGGGGAUUCAUGGGCAGUGGAGUUACUGCCUCCAGCAAGGAUCGAUAUGCCGAGGAUCUGAAGGUGCAGCGGGCGUUGUGCGUCCAAAAGGGAUGCACGGAGAAGCAGGGCAAUGGAUACUGCGACCAGGAGUGCAACAGCUAUGCCUGCAACUUCGAUGGCAACGACUGCUCCCUGGGGAUUAAUCCGUGGGCCAACUGCACCGCCCACGAGUGCUGGAAUCUGUUCAAGAACGGACGCUGCGACGUCGAUUGCAACAAUGCGGCAUGCCACUACGACGGCCAUGACUGCGAGAGUCAGCUGAAGAGCUGCAACAGCCUCUAUGAUGCCUACUGCCAGAAGCACUACGGGGACGGACUCUGCGACUACGGCUGCAACAAUGCCGAGUGCAGUUGGGAUGGUCUGGACUGCGAGAACACCACCCAGACUCCGGUCCUCGCCGAGGGCUCCAUGUCCAUUGUGAUGCUGAUGAACGUCGACCAGUUCCGGAUGAUACAGGCCCAGUUCCUCAGGAAUAUGAGCCAUAUGCUGAGGACCACUGUCAAGCUAAAGAAGGAUGCCAUGGGCCAGGACAUGAUAUUCAAUUGGAGGGAUACGGUCAGGGUGCCGGAUAUCGAGGAUUCGGACUUUGCCCGGGAGAACAAGAUCAUCUACACGCACAAGGUCUACCAGACGGGCAUCCAGAUCACCCUCGAAAUCGAUAAUCGGAAGUGCACCGAGUGCUUCUCGCACGCCAUGGAGGCGGCCGAGUUCCUGGCAGCCACGGCCGCGAAGCAUCAACUCCUCAACGACUUCCCGAUACACAGUGUCCGGGGAAUCAAGAAUCCGGGCGAUGAGGAUCUCGGAGAGCCAUCCGCCAAUGUCAAGUACGUGAUUACGGGCAUCAUCCUGGUGAUCAUCGUGCUGGCCUUCUUCGGCAUGGUCCUCAGCACGCAGAGGAAGCGGGCUCAUGGUGUCACCUGGUUCCCGGAGGGCUUCCGCGCUCCGGCUGCUGUGAUGUCACGUCGCCGCCGAGAUCCGCACGGCCAGGAGAUGAGGAACCUCAACAAGCAGGUGGGAUUACAAUCCCAGGGCGUGGGUCAGUCGGGAGCUCACUGGUCGGAUGAUGAGUCCGAUAUGCCGCUGCCGAAGCGUCAGCGCAGUGAUCCGGUCUCCGUGGUGGGUCUGGGCAACAAUGGUGGCUAUGCCAGUGACCACACGAUGGUGUCCGAGUACGAGGAGGCUGACCAGAGGGUGUGGUCCCAGGCCCAUCUCGAUGUGGCGGAUGUGAGGGCGAUUAUGACGCCGCCGGCCCACCAGGAUGGCAAGCACGACGUGGACGCCAGAGGACCAUGUGGCCUAACACCCCUGAUGAUAGCCGCCGUUCGCGGUGGUGGACUGGACACCGGCGAGGACAUCGAGAACAAUGACGACAGCACCGCACAGGUGAUAUCCGAUCUGCUGUCCCAGGGAGCGGAACUCAACGCCACCAUGGACAAGACGGGCGAGACAUCGUUGCACUUGGCGGCCCGAUUCGCUCGGGCGGAUGCCGCCAAACGCCUGCUGGACGCCGGAGCUGAUGCCAACUGCCAGGACAACACCGGAAGGACACCGCUACACGCCGCCGUGGCUGCCGAUGCCAUGGGCGUCUUCCAGAUCCUGUUGCGGAAUCGUGCCACCAAUCUGAACGCUCGAAUGCAUGACGGCACCACGCCCCUGAUCCUGGCCGCCCGCCUCGCCAUCGAGGGCAUGGUCGAGGAUCUCAUCACAGCCGAUGCGGACAUCAAUGCGGCGGAUAAUUCCGGCAAGACGGCACUCCAUUGGGCAGCUGCCGUAAAUAAUACGGAGGCGGUGAACAUCCUGCUGAUGCAUCACGCCAAUCGGGAUGCCCAGGACGACAAGGACGAGACGCCGCUGUUCCUGGCGGCGCGCGAAGGAUCGUACGAGGCGUGCAAGGCGCUCCUGGACAAUUUCGCCAAUCGGGAGAUCACCGAUCACAUGGAUCGACUGCCACGGGAUGUGGCCAGCGAGCGGCUGCAUCAUGACAUCGUUCGGCUGCUGGACGAGCAUGUGCCACGAUCGCCCCAGAUGCUCAGCAUGACGCCGCAGGCGAUGAUCGGCUCUCCGCCGCCGGGCCAGCAACCCCAGCUGAUCACCCAACCCACGGUGAUUACGGCGGGAGCUGGGAAUGGGGCCGGGAAUGGUGGCAACAAUGGUCCUGCCAGCGGGAAACAGAGCAACCAAUCGGCCAAACAGAAGGCCGCCAAAAAGGCCAAACUUAUCGAAGGUUCCUCGCCGGAUAAUGGCUUGGAUGCGGCCGGCAGUUUACGGCGGAAGGCGAGUUCAAAAAAGACAAAUGCCGCCUCAAAAAAGGCAGCUGCCGGUGGCCUAAAUCCUCUCCCAGCAGCAGCAACAGCAACAACAACAGCAGCAGCAGCAGCAGCAACAACAGCAGCAACAGCAACAACAGCAACAGCAGCAACAACAACAACAGCAACAGCAACAACAACAGCUGGCAGGAGGAGUACAAUUGGGAGUCCAUUCAGGAGGCGGUAUGCUGGACGGUUCACCGCAACUCCAUAGUAUGCCAAGUCCAUAUGAGACCACAUCGAUGUACUCCAAUGCGAUGGCAGCACCGCCACCGAAUGGCAAUGCCAAUGGAGGAGCAAAGCAGCCACCCAGCUACGAGGAUUGCAUCAAGAACGCUCAGUCGCUGCAAUCCCUGCCCGGCAAUGGCCUGGACAUGAUCAAGCUGGACAACAACUAUGGCUUCUCGAUGGGCUCGCCCUUUCAGCAGGACCUCCUCAACGGCCAGGGACUGGGAGGGAUGAACGGAAAUGGCGG